GGGUUACAUUACUGUUGUACUUUCGACAAGUGCUUACAUUGAAAAUCAAUUUGUAAAAACAAUUAAAAAACUCUUUUUAUGAUUAUUUUAACUAAGCAAAUGCUCCUACAAGGGUCUAACGACAGCUGAAAUCUUCUUGAGAAAAAAAAGUUUUACAUUUCAACAAUAAAAUAUUAAAAGUAAAUGCCACCAGCCUUUACAAGCUAACAAGCCAUGUUGUGUCUGUUGGGCUGAUUGGGCUUUGCCACGGAAAGCAACUUCCUUCCUCACUCCAUUAGCUGUUUUGAAGUGUAGAUUCAGCCAUACUGGGAUCAAAACCUUUGCUAGAAUUCUGCAAACAUCUUCGUUUUGACACACCAGCUAUGGCCUUAAAUUCUACAUUAAACAACUCAAGCACCAAUGCUUCAAUGGCUGUGACUCCAACCUCAGUCAACAUAACUUCAUCUUCAAUCAACAUAACUUCAUCUUCAAUCAACAUAACUUUAAAAUCAGUCUCUGUUGUUGCGAUGGCAGUCACUACACCUCCAACCUCAGUCACUAUAUUUCCAACAUCAGUCACUUCAGUCAAUCUCACUACAUUGCCUACCAACUCGACCACUGCCUACCCCGGGUUACUGCCCUCUCUGUUGGACAAGAUCCCAUUGCCAAGAUGGGCCAUUUAUGCCAUAAUUGCCCUGAUUCUCCUGGUGCUUUUAAUUUGUGUGCUGUGCUGCUGCAUAAAGUGCUGCUGCAAAGGGAAGAAGAAGAAAAAGAAGCAGAAUCAGAAGAUCAGUCUGAAGGGACUGAAUGGUAACAGUACAGCAGCGCUGGUGCAGCCUGAAACGGGGGAUGGAGACUAUGGAUCACUUAACCAGCCACGAGGAAAACUGUUAUAUUCCCUGGAGUACAAUACAGCACGCUCAGAGAUAAAUGUUGGAGUGAAAGAAGCUGCGGCGUUAAUGGCUAUGGAUUCCUCAGGAACAUCUGAUCCUUAUGUAAAAGUUUUUAUCCGUCCCAAGUCCAAAACCUUUGAGACCAAAGUGUUUAGAAAAACUCUAAACCCAGUGUUCAAUGAACACUUUAAAUAUCAGAUAUCUCAGAAGGAUCUUAGUGAGUCUACACUUGUGAUGCAAGUGUACGACUUCAACAGAUUCUCCAAGCAUGAUGUGAUUGGUGAGCUGAGGCUGGAACUCUCAACUGUAGACUGGAACCAUGUGAUUGAGGAAUGGAGAGACCUAAAUGCACCCUCAAAACAUGAGAAUGAACAUCUGGGUGAGAUUUGCUUCUCCCUGCGUUAUGUCCCCACUGCAAGUAAACUUACUGUGGUGAUUCUGGAAGCCAAGAAUUUGAAGUCAAUGGACAUUGGAGGUGCUUCUGAUCCAUAUGUCAAAAUCCAGUUGGUUCUGGACAGGAAGAAGUGGAAGAAAAAGAAAACAUCAGUGAAGAAGCAAACACUGAAUCCUUACUUCAAUGAAUCUUUCACAUUUGAUGUGCCAUUUGAGCAGAUUCAGAGAGUGCAGUUGGUGAUCUCUGUGUGGGAUCAUGAUAAAAUGAGCAGGAAUGAUGCCAUUGGAAAAAUCUUCCUUGGAUGUGAUGCCACAGGAAACCAGCUGCGGCACUGGGCAGACAUGCUCUCAAACCCACGCAGACCUGUAGCCCAGUGGCAUACACUGCUCUCAGCUGAGCAGGUGGACACAACUCUGGAUCUAAAACAUACAUUAAGGAUCCCAUUCACCAAUAAAACCUUUUAAAAUAGUCUGAGCAAAUAAUUUUGUUAUAUUUGUGUAAAUAACAAAUAGUAGAGGUUGUUUAUGUUGCUUUAUUUCAUUUUUUUAAAUACACAAGGAUUAUAGAAUUUUUAAAUUAUGUUAAUAUUUUGAUUUAUAAAUGAUAAACUGUCCAAAAAGGUGUGUGUGUGUGUGUGUGUGAGUGUGUGUGUGUGUAUGUGUGUGUGUGUGUGCGUGAGAGAGAGAGAAAUGAGUGUCCUUAAAUAAAUCAUGAUUUUCUCCGCAAUACAAA